AUGGCUCCUACCGCUUCCAACGUCCGCAACCUGGACGGAAUCAAGAAUUACACCGCUUUCUGGCAGAAGGACUCCAAGACGGACAGCAAGACGGACCAAGAAAAUCGCCUCAGCGAGUACACCAGCGUUGUCAACGGUAAGUAUCUGGGCAAGUCCAUGUUCGAGGUGUUCGAAGUCUUCAAGGGGAGCAAGUGCAGUGCUACGGGAAGGGUGGUCCACCGCGGUGGCUAUCGUUGGCCAAACGCAACAGGCGCCCCUUGUAUGCCUUCAAGUCUCGUGCCGAACUUGAACGGAUCUCGCUCGGAUAUAUGAACUUCGCGUACAGUGUAGCAGUGAUGCCUCUUUUGCACUCUCCUAGAGCAAGAGCAUCCUAAGCCCGAGUAUCGACUGACAGAAGCUCUGCGCCCUCCUAUCAGGCUAUUACGAUGGUGCCACUGACCUGUACGAGUACGGCUGGGGUCAAAACUUUCACUUCGCCCGCUACUACCCUGGGGAAGCGUUCUAUCAAGCAAUCGCACGACACGAACAUUACCUGGCCUUUGCGAUGCACCUCAAACCCGGUAUGCGAGUCUUGGAUGUAGGCUGUGGUGUUGGAGGACCUGCGAGGGAGAUUGCUCGUUUUGCCGGAGUCGAAAUUGUUGGCCUCAACAACAACGACUACCAGAUCGAGCGCGCCAACAGGUAUACCAAAAAGGCCGGUCUGGAGAAGCAAGUGUCGUGUGAGUUUGCAAAGUGGCGCUGGUGCUAUCCUAAAGAGAGAGCGCACUGACUAGGUAAGUAUCAUUCACAGUCACUAAGGGCGACUUCAUGAAGCUCAGAGAGCAGUUCGGUGAGAACAGCUUCGACGCUGUGUAUGCCAUCGAGGCAACUUGCCAUGCCCCGUCCUGGGAAGGUAUCUAUGGCGAGAUUUUCCGGGUCCUCAAGCCAGGUGGAUACGUGAGUCAAGCAAGUGAGCGAUUUGUCUGAGCAGGCCAUGUCGCUCAUCAAAUACUCUCCUUUUCCCUUUCCACCCCCACCCUUCAGUUCGGCCUGUAUGAGUGGUGCAUGACCGACGCGUGGGACGCUUCUGACCCCGAGCACAAGCGUAUCGCACACGGUAUCGAGGUUGGAGAUGGAAUUCCAGAGAUGAGACCAAUCAAGGCGGCUCGAUCAGCUCUCAAGCAGGUCGGCUUCCAGAUCGAGACGGACGUCGACUUGGCAGAUGUCGGAGACAAGAUCCCUUGGUACUACCCCUUGGAAGGCGACAUCCGCAAGGUGCAGACUCUGUGGGACAUCUUCAUGUGCUGGCGGUGAGUGGCUAGGUAUGGGGUCGUGGGGAAGAAUUGCGGAAAAAGCUUGGUGCUCACAGCUCCACCCGAUACCUGCACGCAGUAUGACUUGGGUGGGCAAAGUCACUACGCAGACCACUGUUCGCGUGCUGGAGACCGUCGGCAUCGCACCUAAGGGUACCUACGACGUCGGAGAGUCUCUCAAGGUGGCUGCUGAGGCGCUCGUAGCGGGAGGUAAAGCCAAGCUCUUCACCCCCAUGAUGCUUUUUGUCUCUCGCAAGCCUCAAGCUUGA